AUGCUUCCAGUUCUCGACAAACCCGAGUUCGACAUCAGUUUCGACCUGCUGCUCGCAUCAACCGUGAUCCUGCGUUUCUUCGAGCAAAUCUCCUCCCACAGCCCGCCCAACGACCCGCAGCGCCAUCUUCUAGCCGGGUCCGUGUACAUCAGCUCUCACGUCGACUGCGCCAUCUCUGGCGGCCUCGCGUCGGCGGCCUUCUGGCUCUUCGUUAUCCAGGACAUCCAGUUCGCACUGACGUAUCAGAAAUGCCUUCGGCUCAGUUUUGCACCAUUUGAUGAUCGUUUGCGCAGGUGGUGGGCUCUCAAGAGCACCCUCACCGAUAGCGACUGGACUAACCGCGCUAUUUGGAUAUUGGCCGAGACUAUCGAUUUCUGCUAUAAUGUCUCUGGUCGCAAUUAUGGGGGUUGUUUGGGCGUGGCGGGUGAGAACGCGCUCAUGCAGCGUAUUGCCGAGUGGGAGAAUUCUCGUCCGGAUACCUUUGCCCCGUUACAUAUCUCACCGCCGGAUCCUGCGAGGGGGAAGCCGUUUCCUGAGGUGUGGUACAUGAGUUCAUGGCAUGGUAAGUCUAUACUAUUCUUUGGUACGGGGAGUUAUGCUAAAUUGAAGCCAGCCACUGCCAUCCAGCAUAUGUGUCUCACCAAGGCACUACUAUCCAUUCGUGCAAUCGAACUGCUUGACCGAAGCAUCUUGAUCACGGAGCAGUAUAUGCGACUCAAGAGUGAAAUCACCGAUAACCUCAACCUCCUCUUCGGCAUUGGCCAAUCGGCCGAAGACGACCCUUCCCUGCGGAUUAUGGCCUGCCAUGUCCUCUAUGCGUGCAGCGGAUGGAUCGACAAUCCCCUUGCCCAGAAUGUGGUGUUUGAUCUGCUGCGUAGCACAGAGACCGAAAAUGGUUGGCCGUGGGCGUAUGUCGAGCAACGCAUUGUUCGUGCAUGGCGUGGAGUCGAAGUUUCGAGAUAG